CCCGAGCUGGAGACCCUGAAAGAAAGAUGUCGGAAAUACCAAGGGACAGCCAAGAUAAAUAUCAGUCAGAUCACUUUCCCUACAUCUCUCUCCCAGUACUUAAGUGAGAAGAAUGUCAAGAGGCUCUGUGGUAUUUUCGAUAUGGAAGAUUGUCGGAGACUCGAUAGCGCCAAUUACGUGAGUGCUGUUGUUGAUGGGCCGUUGACCUGUAUUCGGAUGACAUUAAUCUGGAUCUUCAAGCUAGCCUCGUUGACAGAUAUUGCAACGAGAGGGUUCCAAACGAUGGUGAAGUUCAAGUUAAAGCCCGCGAAUAUCGAAAUCAAGCAAAUGCACGCUUCAAGAAUCGAUGGUUGUCGCGGCUGUCAGACGACAAAGCAUGGCGGCUUCGCAGAUUAG